AUGUCAAAUCUCAUAAAGCCAACUUCAACAGAUAGUGAAGAAAGUGAUAGUAACGAGUUUAUGUCGGAAGGUGGUAAAAAAAGGAAAAGACCAUUACGAGAUGAAGAUGAGAAGAACGUGCAAACAGAAAAUAACGAAACAAAUGAUAUGAAAAAGCAUAAAAAGCGGAUCAAUAAGAGAAAAAAAGCGCCUUUAAAUCUAGAUAGACAAUGCGGUGUGCUUAUUCCACCUACAAAUGAACCUUGUACGAGAGCAAUUACAUGUAAAAUUCAUUCAGUCGGUGCCAAAAGAGCAGUGGCAGGUCGAAGUCAAUCAUUCAACGAUCUCAUUGCUGUAUAUCAGAAAAAGGGAAUAGGCAGGCCACAAGUUACACCUGGAAACGAUAGGGAAGAUCUUAAAAUUGUCUUGGAAGAGUCACGAGAACAAGAAAAUAGUCAACAAGAAACAGAUAUUGAUUACGACGAAGAGACAGAGAGUGUAUAUAUUGCAGUAAAAGAACAUAAACCACAACCUUUGGGAGAACGACAAGUAUUCUAUGUUCAACGAAAGCGAAAAUACUUUAAGAUAAGAGAUAUUCUAUUAGAGGCCAUUACACCAAAAUCGUCUCAAUGUCAAAUACCUCACAUUGAUAUUUAA